GCAGCAAUUGAUGAACUUGAUCGACGUUUAUCAAACAUUCAAAGGUUCCUGAGAUUAAAAAUAUUUAAGGAGGGUCUAAAAAAUAUUAAACAGUUUAUAGCUGAUGAGUAUUGUAACAUGAUGAAA